AUGUCUCUUGUAAAACAGCAAUUAGCCCAUGGAUGGACCUUUCAGCAGCAAGGCUGGGCCAGUGAUAACUGGCUACCUGUGGCUCAGGUCCCAAGUCAGGUACAUAUCGACUUGCUGGCAAACAAAAAAAUCCCUGACCCGUUUGUCGACUUCAACGAGAGAGCUGUACAGUGGGUUGGCGAAAAGACAUGGAUCUACCGCCUCGAGUUUGUCGCCCCCGUCGCCCCCGAUGCCUCGAUGACUUCGGAUCUUGUUUUCGAUGGUCUCGACACCUUUUCUACGGUCCAUCUCAACGGGAACAAAAUCCUCGAAACUGAAAACAUGUUUGUCUCCUACAGGGUCAACGUCUCACAAUAUGUCAAGCCUGGAGAGAACAACUGUCUUGAGAUUGUCUUUGACUCGGCUCUGCUUCGCGGUCGCGAGCUCAUCGAGAAGCAUAGCCACGAACACAACUUUCUCGUUCGUCAGACAGAGGCGGGCCGAGUUCCCGUUCGCAAAGCACAGUAUCACUGGGGUUGGGACUGGGGCCCUAUCCUCAUGACCGCCGGGCCGUGGAAGCCCGUAUUCUUUGAACAGUACAUUGUCAGAAUCUCUGACAUAUGGGCACAAAACACUGUCAGCAAUGAUCUGAAGGCUUGUACCGGAACGAUCUUUGCCAAGGUAGAUGGCGCCGUCUCCGCCGACACAAAAGUUAAAUUCUCUUUGGAACUCGACGAUACUGUCGUCUUCCAAGGCGACGCGCAGGUUGAAGAUGGCACUGCGAAGCUGCCCUUUACAAUGGAGAACCCUCAUCUUUGGUACCCUCUAAACUACGGACCACAGACCAGGUACAAACUUACAGCCCGCGUCGUUGGUACGGGCGGUAAGGAGUUGGACGCCGUUUCACGACUCACCGGCUUCCGGAAGACGGCUCUUAUUCAAGAACCUGACGCAUAUGGAAAGUCAUUCUAUUUCCGCAUCAACAACAUCGACGUCUUUGCCGGCGGGUCUUGCUGGAUCCCCGCAGACAGCUUCCUCGCCCAAGUCCCGGCCCAGCGCUACCACGACUGGGUCAAGCUCAUGGCCGACGGCAACCAGGUCAUGGUCCGCGUCUGGGGCGGCGGCGUUUACGAGGACGAUGCCUUUCUGGACGCCUGCGAUGAGCUCGGCGUCCUGGUCUGGCACGACUUUCAGUUCGCGUGCGCCAGCUACCCGGCGUACGACUCCUUUCUCCAAAACUUUGAGCUCGAGGCCCGGCAGCAGGUGCAGAGGAUGCGAUGGCGACCGGCCGUCAUCAUCUGGGCCGGGAACAACGAGGACUACCAAGUCCAGGAACGGUACAAGCUCGACUAUGAUUUUGAGAACAAGGACCCCGAGGCUUGGCGCAAGUCGACGUUCCCCGCACGGUACGUCUACGAGCACUUGCUGCCCAAGAUUAUGUCUGAGGAGGACCCUCACAACAUCUAUCACCCGAGCAGCCCUUGGGGCGAUGGAAAGCCAACUGCGGACCCGACCGUCGGCGAUAUCCAUCAAUGGAACUUGUGGCACGGUGCCAUGAACAAGUACCAGGAAGCCGACCAGCUCGGCGGCCGCUUCGUCAGCGAGUUCGGCAUGGAAGCCUACCCUCACCUGUCCACCACGCGCCUCAUGGCCAGCCAGCCCUCCCAACUCCACCCCGGCUCCAUGGUCCUCGACUUCCACAACAAGGGCAUCGGCCACGAGCGGCGCAUGAUGACCUACGUCGCCGAGAACUUCCGCGUGCGCCGCGCCGACGACCUCGCCGCGUACACGCACCUGACCCAGGUCGUGCAGGCCGAGACGAUGCGCGCCGCGUACAAGGCGUGGCGCCGGGACUGGGGGGCAGGCGACGGGCGGGGCAGGCGCUGCGGCGGGGUGCUCGUGUGGCAGCUCAACGACUGCUGGCCGACGGUGUCGUGGGCGGUCGCGGACUACCGGCUGGUGCGGAAGCCGGCGUGGUACGCGGUGGCGCGCGCGCUGCGGCCGGUGGACGUCGGCGUCGCGCGGACCUACCACGACUGGACGCAGACCGGGUACGACAUCGACGCCAACUCGGCGCUGCGGACGGGCCGCGACGUGCGGCCGGCGACGACGCGGCGCGGGGUGAGGCUGCGCGCCAACGGCACGACGGAGAUUGUCGUGGACGAGCCGCUGGCGGCGUCGAUCCCCGAGGGCAGCGCCGAGGACGAGGCGCGGCCGUUUGACACGGAAGAGUACGACCCGUACGUGGUGCACGCCCGGCUGAUGCUGGACGACGGCGCGGUGGUCACGGACACGGCAUGGCCGGACCCGGUCAAGUUCCUGGACAUGGCGGACCGCGGCGUCUCGUUCGAGGUCGCGGACGCGGAGGGCCGCGUGACGGUGGCGGCGCGGAGGCCCGUCAAGGGGUUCGUCUUCGAGGAGGUCGAGGGGUUGAAGCUGAGCGACAACGGCUUCGACCUGCUGCCGGGCGAGGAGCAGGUGGUCACGGUGGCCGGGCCGCUGAAGCCGAGCGAGCUGCGGUGGACGCACAUCGAGGCCAGCGGGCCGUCACUGCCAAUUGAAUAG